UUAGUGUAGAAAUGUAUACGAAUUUGUUAAUAAAAUGUCCAAGGAUAAAAAAAUAUUUCCAAUCCGUCUGCUCUUCAAAUUGGGCAUGGGUGCCCAAUAAAAAGCUAGCAUAUCGUACAGAUUUGCACCGUCAAGUCCAAACAGCGGAACAACCUCGUAAAGCGACAUUUACUGACAGAAAUCAGUUUAAAUACGCCCGGCGUCUUGUUGUGAAAUUGGGUAGCGCCGUAAUCACCCGAGAAGAUGAGCAAGGAUUCGCAUUGGGGCGUCUUGCAUCAAUUGUGGAACAAGUCGCAGAAUGUCAGAUCGAAGGCCGCGAAUGCAUAAUGGUGACAAGUGGAGCAGUGGCCUUUGGGAAACAGAAAUUAACCCAGGAAUUGUUGAUGUCCUUAUCAAUGCGCGAGACACUUAGUCCACUUGAUCACACGCGCAAGCAUGUAGGAAAUCUAUUGGAGCCUCGUGCAGCUGCUGCGGUAGGGCAAUCAGGACUUAUGUCAUUGUAUGACGCAAUGUUUGCACAGUACGGCGUUAAACUUGCUCAAGUAUUGGUAACAAAAACGGAUUUUUUUAAUGAAGAAACACGUAAAAAUUUGUUUAAUACUCUAAGCGAAUUGAUAAGCCUUAAUAUUGUGCCAGUUAUAAACACAAACGAUGCUGUGUCACCGCCUCAUCAAGCUGAUGAAGAAGUUGGUGGUUUGCAUGGUAGACGAGGGAUAUCAAUAAAAGAUAACGAUUCCCUGGCUGCUAUGCUGGCAGCUGGUGUGCAAGCCGAUUUGCUGAUCCUGAUGAGCGACGUUGACGGAAUUUAUAACCUUCCACCUUGGGAAGACGGUGCUAAAUUGCUUCAUACGUUUAGCUCGGACCAGAGGGAAACGAUAAAGUUUGGAGAAAAGUCUAAAGUCGGAACCGGUGGCAUGGACUCAAAAGUAACGGCUGCUUUGUGGGCGCUAGAUCGAGGUGUCUCAGUUGUUAUUUGCAACGGCGCACAAGAGAAGGCCAUAAAGAGUAUCCUCAAUGGUCGUAAAGUAGGUACUUUUUUCACGGAGACAUCAACUUCGUCAACGCCGAUAGAAAUAGUCGCAGAGAACGCGAGAGUUGGAAGUAGACUUCUUCAAGCUCUUAAACCUGAAGAACGUGCCUCUUGUAUUAAUUUUUUAGCGGAUUUGUUAGAGACGAGACAGAAUGAAAUUCUGGCUGCUAACGCCAAAGAUCUUGAAGAGGCUACUAAAUCUGGAUUAGCCAAGCCUCUGUUGCUGAGGUUAUCAUUAAGCCAAGCGAAAUUGAAGUCCCUCAGCUCGGGAUUACGUCAGAUUGCUGCGGAAUCUCUGACUAACGUCGGAAAAGUGCUGAGACGCACUCAGAUUGCUGAGGGAUUGGAAUUGAAACAAAUUACAGUGCCUAUUGGUGUUUUGUUGGUGAUUUUUGAAUCUCGGCCGGACAGUUUGCCACAAGUAGCAGCGUUAGCAAUCUCCAGUGCUAACGGGUUGCUUCUCAAGGGCGGAAAAGAGGCCAAGUUUAGUAACAAGUGUCUUAUGAAUUUGGUCCAAGAAGCGUUGAGGUCGGUAGGUGCAGCUAAUGCUAUUUCCUUGGUCUCAACUCGCGAAGAAGUUGGAGACUUGCUGUCGAUGGACAAACACAUCGAUCUUAUCAUUCCUAGAGGUAGUUCCGAGCUGGUCAAGACCAUCCAGGAGCAGUCAAAGCAUAUUCCUGUUCUUGGUCACGCGGAAGGAAUUUGCCAUGUCUAUGUUGAUGCAGACGCUGACCCAGAUAAGGCGAUUGCUAUUAUUAGAGACUCUAAGUGCGAUUAUCCAGCAGCUUGCAAUGCUAUGGAGACACUGCUGAUUCAUGAAGAACUUAUGAGGGGUAAUUUCUUUACGGAUGUUUGCAAUAUGCUUCGUAAGGAAGGUGUUAAAAUUAACGCGGGACCAAGGUUAAGGGAGCUUUUGACAUUCGGGCCUCCCGCUGCUAAGAGUAUGAGGACGGAAUAUGGUGCUCUUGAGUGUACUAUUGAAGUUGUACCAAAUAUUAAUGAAGCUAUUAAUCAUAUUCAUAAGCAUGGAAGUGCUCAUACUGAUGCUAUUGUUACUGAAAACAACCAAAGUGCUGAAUGGUUCAAGCGGCAAGUUGACAGUGCUUGUGUUUUUCAUAAUGCGAGCACCAGAUUUGCUGAUGGGUAUCGAUUUGGACUUGGUGCUGAGGUA